CAUCACAAAGAAGAUUAGUGCAGAGCAGCCUCAUAAAACCACAAAAGUUUGUUAUGAUUUUAUAGUCGCACAUUGAACGCCUGGCAGGUUCAAAGAGUGAAAUUGAUAAAAACAACCAAUUUAGAAUUAUGGAUAAUAAAAAUUUGAUUCUAAAGGGACCACCUUUAAAAGAACCACUUUACCAACGCUCAGUUGGAAUCAGACUCUUCGAAAGUCUGCAAUUUUACGCUGGGAGUGAUAAAAUUGCAUUUUUAGAUGUAGCGACAAACACUAAAGUUUCCUAUAAAGAAUUGUUUGAAAUAACAGUAAAAGUAGCCAUAAACCUUAAAAAGUUAGGAUUUUCCGGGAAAACCAUCGGUGUUUGUAGUGAAAACCGAGCGGAUUUCUUCAUUCCGGUUAUUGCUGCUUUAUAUAUCGGUUGUCCAGUCACAACCAUUAAUCAUGGAUACACUGAGCGUGAAUUAUUAUAUGCUUGUGAACUGGUCAAACCAUCAUUUGUUUUCUGUUCUAAACGUACCUAUGCUUCUUUUAAAAACCUAAGAGCCAAGCAGCCAAUGAAAUACUUGCAACAACUAUGGAUUUUGGAAAACCUCCAAAAGUUCUAUGGACGUGUCAAGCACAUUGAAAAGUUCACGCCGGUCGAUGUAAAUGUGAAGGAACAUAUUGCAGGGUUAUUAUUCUCUUCUGGUACCACAGGGCUUCCGAAAGCGGUUAUGAUUACUCAUCAGAACUUAAGCUGUGUGCAUGGGCAAUUUUUCGACAAAGACCAUUUAUUAUCGGAGAUUUGUAAUUACUUGCUGUGUUUGCCGUUUUACCAUGGCUAUGGCUUCAAUGUCGCUUUGGCAUCUCUCCUCAAAGGCAACACGGUAAAAUUCAUCGAAAAAUUCGACCCGGUUGUUUUCCUCAGCGCAAUCGAAAAAUACAAAGUUAAUUAUUUGACAUUAGUGCCGCCAUUGAUGGUGUUCUUCGCCAAACAUCCACUGGUGGAAAAAUACGAUUUAUCAUCGAUAAAAAUCAUUGUUUGUGCCGCUGCGGCAUGCUCAAAAGAAUUAGAAAAUGCUGUUUUGACACGACUCAACAAUAUUCCACUAAUUUACCAAGGUUACGGCCUUACAGAAUCAACAUUGUCAAUUAUUUCCAUACCGAAUGGUACUCCACCGAAAGAAGGAACUGUAGGUACCGUAGAUCCUGGAAUUGAGAUCAAAAUACGCAAUCCAGAAACUGAUAAAACUCUGGGACCAAAUGAAGUUGGAGAGAUUUGUGCAAGAGGCGAUACUAUUAUGAAAGGAUACUACGGUAAUCCAGUUGCGACCAGGGAUACCAUCACCCAUGACCGAUGGUUGUUAACUGGAGACCUUGGAUAUUACGAUAAAGAUGGUUACAUUUACAUCGUCGAUAGACUCAAGGAAUUAAUCAAAUUCAAAGGUUUUCAAGUUCCGCCAGCGGAAUUAGAAGCGUUAUUAUUGACACAUCCCAAAGUAAUGGAUGCUGCAGUCGUGGGACUACCAGAUGACACCGCUGGUGAACUACCUUUGGCUUUCGUGGUGAAAAAACCCGGAGUUCAAUUGAACGAACAGGAAAUCAAAGAUUUCAUUAAAGAACAAGUAUCGUACGCUAAGCAAUUACACGGUGGAGUGCGAUUUGUCGAGGCGAUACCGAAAAGUGCCGCGGGAAAAAUCCUGCGUAGGCAAUUACGCGAUAUGCUAAAGAAAUCCAAAUUGUAAUUGAAAUAUCAUUAUAGAUCCAAGUUACUGAAACGCAUAAAAUCGAAUAUUGUUAUGAAUUUCUUUUGUUCAGCCGGGGAACACGAUUGAUUUUUGAUGUGUUCGCAACGUAAUUGAGUAUUGUGUGCAAAAUUGCAACCCGACCGAUAAAAUUGAUUCCCAAACUAUUAUAGAUAAAUUGUCAACGCCUAAAAAUAAAAACGUAUAAAUUCCAGAA